UUAGACAGCGGUAAUGCCGGCUGGUCUGAGCGCUCUGUCUGCUGUGUAGUCUGGGGGGAUCGACAUGGGGAGCUCCAGGAAGGUGGUCAACUUGUGGAACAGGAGACAGAGUCUCUUCCCCAACUACAAAGUGGCCGAUUCAGACAUCAAUCGAAGACCCUCAGAGAUUGCUUAUCCGCUGGCCAAAGAGAGCUGCGUGAAGACAUGGAACUCCAUGCAGGAGCUGAGCAGGGACAUCUACGACAUAUACGCCGAGUACGAGGAUGAAGAGGAUGACAGUGUUCCACACAGCUUCUCCAAGCAGAUUUCACCCUCCAAGAAGAACUACAUGAUCAACAUCAACGUAGGGGGGAAGCCCUACCAGAUAGCCUAUAAGAUGGCUGCCAAGUAUCCCAAAACCAGAAUAGGACGACUGGCCACCUACACGGACCACAACAUGAAGCUGGACCUGUGCGAUGACUACACUGUGACCAACAAUGAGUACUUCUUUGACAGGGACCCAGAUGUCUUCCACAGCAUCUUCAACUUCUACAGGACCGGCGUGCUGUGGAUCAAGGACGAGCUGUGUCCCCGCAACUUCCUGGAGGAGAUCAACUACUGGGGUGUGAGGAUAAAGAACACCCACCGCUGCUGCCGCAUCUCCUUCGAGGAGCGGCAGGAUGAGCUGAACGAGCAGCUGAAGAUCCAGAGGGAGCUGGAGGCAGAGGUGGAGAUCGAGGAGAACGAGGAGCUCUUUCACGACAUGUUCAUGGGCCAGAGGCGCCGAGCUAUCUGGAACUUGAUGGAGAAGCCGUUCUCAUCUGUCAAGGCCAAGAUGAUGGCGGUGGCCUCCAGUCUGUUCGUACUGAUCUCCCUGGUGGCCAUGACUCUCAACACAGUGGAGGAGAUGCAAUACAGAACUGCCACAGGUCAGCUCAGUGGUAAGACGUACUGGGAAUAUGUGGAGUCCAUGUGCAUCGCCUUCUUCACCAUGGAGUACCUGCUCCGUCUGGUGUCCACUCCGGACCUCAGAUCCUUCAGCAGGAGUGUGCUCAACACCGUGGACCUGAUCGCCAUCCUGCCUCAGUACCUGCAGGCCAUCCUAGAGUUCUUUGACAAUGAGGAAAACUACAUGAAGCACGAGGCUGACAUGCAGGCGGUGGGUCAGGUGGGAAAGCUGGGCCAGGUGCUGCGCAUCAUGAGACUGAUGCGAAUCUUUCGUAUCUUGAAGCUGGCGCGACACUCCACAGGUCUGCGGGCAUUCGGCUUCACCCUGCGUCAGUGCUACCAGCAAGUGGGCUGCCUCUUCCUCUUUAUCGCCAUGGGCAUCUUCAGCUUCUCUGCCAUGGUUUACACAGUGGAGCACGACAUGCCGCAAACGAACUUCACCAGCAUUCCUCACGCAUGGUGGUGGGCUGCUGUCAGCAUCUCCACUGUGGGCUACGGAGACGUCUACCCAGAGACCGUCCUGGGUCGUCUGUUCGCGUUCAUCUGCAUCGCCUUUGGAAUCAUCCUCAACGGUCUGCCGAUAUCCAUCCUCUUCAACAAGUUCUCGGACUAUUACUCUAAGCUCAAGUCCAAUCAGUACACAGCCUCCCUGAAGAAGCGAGGAAAGGUGAGAUUUGCCAACAGGACCAUAAAAAGGCUCAACCACUGCUUUGGAAACCAACACUGUGAAGCACAUUGAUUUCUGCUGCGACUUUUUAUCAUGAAAUAAUCUGCUUGAUUGUAAAACUGUCCAAAAAAUGCUCUGUGAUGGGACGAAUGGAUGGAAAGGGGACAAAAGACGAGGGUUUGAUCUGCAGUAGUGAAACAUCCGACUGUGCAGUUCCAGUAAAUUGGCAGCUUUUGUUGUUGGGAAGCCGGUGAGGGAUCACAUGGCGAUCUACACCCUCUCCAAACCAGCAAACCAGUUUGUAGUACAAUGUACAAUUCCUUACAAUGGGGGGGAUAAAUUUAAAUAUUUGGUUUUGUUUACAGGUAACCAAAUCUUUGCAAAGAGUGAAAGAAAUCUCCACAUAUAUUUAAAACAUAUCAUAUCUCUAUUUUAUCAUAGAGAAAAACUCACAUUCAAAUGACAAGCAUUCAGAUUUACAAAUAUGCUGUAUCAAAUAAGAAUCUGAGGGAAAUAUGGAUAAUAUUUCAGUUUGAUGUAAUGGUGCAGCUGCACAAAUAUGGCAUCGUCAGUUUGAAUAUUUCUCUCAAAAAAGGCAUCACGUGGCUUCAGUGAAGUUGGAACAAGUACAUAAAAAAUAUUCCUAAUGUCUGAUGCUGUCAUCAAAAGCAGGAAGAUGUUUUUUGUACCUUAACAUCACAUUUAAAUGUAUGAAAAUGUAACAAAUGUAAUAAAAUGUAUUUUAGCUGAAUGAGUUUUGAAGGCAUUUCUCCUGAAUCAGAUUCCCACAGUGAAAACACUGAUAUUGAUUUUGUCAACAUUCAUGUGUUUGGGUGGAAUGAAAAAGCUUUCAUUAUGAUCACAGCAGCUCUCAGGGAAUCAGUCUUUUUGUUUAUCUUCAUCUUAGACAGCCUCACCAGGAAUCAGCACAUCUGAGCAACUAAUGCUAGUUUCUUUGUAACUUUUGCAGUGUUUUCUGCAAGGCCUCGCAAAGUGCACUCAACCUGCUUUUUGUGUGUUUGUAAAGUUCAGUAGUUACAACAAAGUCACAUGAUGCAGUCUGAUACUCUGCUUUGAAUAAACACUGUGCUGCUCAUUAAACUGAUGUCAUUGACUGAAUAC